CGUUCCCGUUUUACAAACGACGCGCGUGCACUCGGUUUGGAUUCCCGAUCGUUGAACAAUAAUUCGAAGAACAAUCAGUAACUAUUCCAUACGUUUCGCACAAUGUCCGACGACGAAGAGCUAGUGUAUGUAAAGCGACCGAAAACGAUCCACUAUGGUUCGCUGGAAGAUACGGAGCGGAUGCGCCAGCUCAAGGACUCCGGCUCCGAUCUGUAUGGAGGACCCGGCAGUUCCAGCGACAUCGGUCAGAUUUACACGUCCAGUGAAUAUUUCGAUCUCGAAAACGAAGUAUCCAAGGACAAAGCGGCCCUGCUGGAGGAGUUCGAACGGAAGAAAAAAGCCCGUCAGAUUCACGUCAGUACGGACGACGCCGAAGUGAAGAAGAACCUUCGGGCGUUAAACGAACCGAUAUGCUACUUUGGAGAAGGCCCGGCAGAACGGCGAAUCCGUUUGAAGGAGCUGCUCUCAUCACUUGGCGAAAGUGCCAUUCCGCAGAAGAGUGCCAAGGAUGAGGAUAAAAAACAGCAAGUACAAAAGGAACAGGAAUCUACCUGGUAUCACGAGGGUCCAGAAUCGCUUAGGAUCGCAAGAGUAUGGUUGGCGAACUACUCUCUCCCACGGGCCAAGAAUCGUUUGGAGGAAGCUGGUGAACAGUUGCAGCUUCCGAGUGCCACCAAAGCCGGUCGAAUGGUUGAGCUACAGAAGCGGAUUCAAUCGUUGGCGCCACAGUGCAGCCAAGUUGGUGAUGUUCGACCGAUCACGAAUUGCAGCUUCAAUCACGAUUCAAGCCUAUUGUUGACGUCGAGUUUGAGUUCCAUGUGCAAGGUGUGGUCGGUUCCGGAUUGUAACCUGGUGCAAACGUUGAGAGGUCAUGAGUUCUACGUGAGUGCAAUUGCAUUCCGGAAUGGAAUUCCAACUGAUUCGAAGGGUGAAGUCGCCAUGGCAUCCGGUUGUUACGAUGGAACUGUUAAGUUAUGGUCUUUCGACAGCGAGGAAGCUAUAGCGGACAUAACCGGUCAUGUACCUCAUCGGGUGUCACGUUUGGCCUUUCAUCCUUCGGGACGAUUUUUGGGUACGGCAUGUUACGAUUCCUCUUGGCGGCUGUGGGACUUGGAGCAGAAGCAAGAAGUAUUACAUCAAGAAGGGCAUGCCAAAGCCGUGCACUGCAUUGCAUUUCAGGGCGAUGGAAGUGUCUGCGUCACAGGCGGCUUGGAUGCAUUCGGGCGGGUGUGGGAUCUUCGAACCGGACGUUGUAUCAUGUUCCUAGAGGGGCACCUCAGUGCCAUCUACGGUGUUGACUUUUCACCCAAUGGAUAUCACAUUGCAACGGGAAGUCAGGAUAACUCCUGCAAGAUCUGGGACCUGAGAAGACGGCAUCCGGUAUACACGAUUCCGGCGCAUACGAACCUGAUAUCUGACGUCAAGUAUCAGAAGAACGGAGGGCAUUUUUUGGUGACGUCUAGCUAUGACAAUACGGCCAAGAUCUGGUCCAACAAGACGUGGCAACCACUGAAGACCCUUUCCGGACACGACAGCAAGGUGAUGAGCGUGGAUAUUUCGCCGAACUCACAGCACAUAGCUACCACCUCGUAUGACCGUACGUUCAAGUUGUGGAGCCCUGAAUGAGUUAUAAUUUGGAGAAUACAUUUUCGUUUGGUAGUUAA